AUAGUUCGAUUGUCAUCCGAUUCGUUCGAUCUUGAAAGUGAGCCGAUCAAUCAAAAUGGGUCAUUCCAAUUUCCAGAUUUGGGCCGUGAAGUUGGUCCGAAGCCCAAUCUCGAUCUUAACGACGAGCGAAUAAUAAGCAAAGAUUGCGAGCAACACGUUUCCGUUGAAUCUCUGUCAUCUGAUCUGUUCUUGCUUUUCUCAAAUCCGCCAAAAAAUAGAGAUAAAAGAUCGUUCAAGAGAGCGACGAGCCGGAGGAAGAACGGGGGCGACGCAAUGGAUGCCGCCGCAUCCGCUGCUCUAAUCUGCCGGAGUUCCUUCCCCGCCGUGUUGGCAGCCCCCGAUCGCCGGCCUGCCGAUCUGCUGACGACCGGAAAUUUGCCGUUCUCCUCCCGUCGGUCAUUCUCUGUGAACGGGCUGAAGUGUCGGGUUGCUUCUCGAGACGUGGAGCCUGUCUCGACGAACUCGGAAGGGGAAUAUGGGACGCCGGCCUCCGCCGCUCCAGUUUACACUCCCACUCCUCCGAACAGAGAACUCCGGACUCCUCAUAGCGGGUACCAUUUUGAUCGAACAAGACGAUUAUUUUUUGAAGGAUGGUAUUUCAAGGUUUCAAUCCCCGAUUGUCGACAAAGCUUUUGCUUUAUGUACUCAGUGGAGAAUCCAGCAUUCCCUAAUGGAAUGGGGACACUAGAGAGUGUGGUGUAUGGACCUCGUUUUACUGGAGUUGGAGCUCAGAUUCUAGGCCCGGAUGAUAAAUAUAUAUGUCAAUUCACAAAAGAAUCGAAGAACUUUUGGGGAAAUAGGCAUGAACUUACGUUGGGGAACACCUUUCUCCUUGGGAAAGGAUCAGCUCCAACAGGGGAGGUCCAACCACAGGAAUUCAAUGAACGUGUAUUAGAGGGUUUCCAAGUCAGUCCACUUUGGCAUCAGGGCUUCAUACGUGAUGAUGGAAGGUCAAAUUAUGUUGAAACUGUGAAAACAGCACGCUGGGAAUAUAGCACCUGUCCAGUGUAUGGCUGGGGUGAUGUCAACUCAAAACAAAAAUCAACAGCUGGUUGGCUCGCCACAUUCCCUGUGUUUGAACCUCAUUGGCAAAUAUGCAUGGCAGGUGGUUUAUCAACAGGUUGGAUAGAAUGGGAUGGAAAGCGAUUUGAAUUUGAAAAUGCUCCAUCCUACUCUGAGAAGAACUGGGGUGGUGGAUUUCCAAGAAAAUGGUUUUGGAUACAAUGUAAUGUUUUCGAAGGUGCAUCAGGUCAGGUUGCUCUGACUGCUGCUGGGGGCUUGAGGAAGUUGCCUGGAUUUGUUGAAAAUUUUGAAAAUGCUGCCUUGGUUGGAGUCCAUUAUGGUGGAUCGUUCUAUGAAUUUGUGCCUUGGAAUGGAACUGUCAGUUGGGAUGUAGCUAAGUGGGGCUUUUGGCAUAUGUCUGCAGAAAACAACACACAUAUGGUUGAAUUACAGGCCACCACAACAGACCCUGGAACGCCUUUGCGAGCUCCAACCAUUGAAGCUGGACUCGUCGUGGCUUGUAGGGACACAUGUUUUGGUGACCUAAAGCUGCAACUCUGGGAACGCAAUUUCGAUGGUAGUAAGGGGAAGUUGAUCCUGGAUGUCACCAGCAACAUGGCAGCCGUGGAGGUCGGUGGUGGUCCAUGGUUCUCCAAUUGGAAGGGGACAACCUCCCCGCCGGAGUUGAUAAAGCAGGCAUUGGCUGUCAAUGUUGAUGCCGAAAACUUCUUUCCUCUGCCAUUUCUGAAGCCUCCAGGUCUUUGAAUUGUGUCUUAUUCCAACUUGACCUCAUGACCAGAGUUGGAACACAACGAGCCAGGGUAAGUCAAGAAAGAAAAUCCGAAAGUAAGAAUAUCUUAGAACACCAACUGAUCGAUCAUCAUAUUGCAAUCUUGAAUAUCAGUUUUCUCUUUGAACCCAAUAGAUAAAAUAUUCUUGAUGGAUGAAUACUUUCUCUGUUUCAUGUAGCAUUUUAACUAUAGUGGUGAAGUAUUUAGAAGAACAAAUAAAAGGAUCAUAAUUUGAAUCCCAAAUAGGGAUGAAUGUUAUGGGAUCGACUUCUAAGUGUAAGCAUAUGUUAGCGAGAUUAAGAUCACUUGUAAUGCCCUUGGCUAACUAUCAACACAACUUGUCUCCUGUGGAAGUAUUCCUUCUCUAGUUGUUCCUUUUGCCUUUGUUUUUCUCUUGGCUUUUAGGAACUUUUCCGUUGGAUUGAUUAGGAUUGGUGCUACCAUGUCCCAAGGUUUCAUUGUGCCGGUUAAGUAUUGGAUAAAAAAAGUCAAAAUGGAUGUCCCAUCAAUUAU